UACGUCACUUCCAUCCGACGGAAGUAGCUUUCAGUGCCCCGUGCCCUUAGCGCUUCACACGCUGUUGGGUUCCCGGCUCCUCUCCCCUCGGGCGCCCCCAUUGUCCCCUCCCUUCUCCGUUCGCCCCCGUCCUUGGUCGCGAUGGCUGCCACCGCUAUGUUCCGCGCUCGGCCAGGACCCAGCGUUUUUCAGAGCUGCCAGCUGCUGCAUAAGUUUCUGAAAAGGGCCCAGCUUUCUCACCCAGGGCAGAAGUCCUCCCUGCCCCUCAUUUUACGGGGUCUUGCUGUAGAGGCCAAGAAGACUUAUGUGAGAGACAAACCCCACAUUAACAUCGGCACUAUUGGUCAUGUGGAUCACGGCAAAACGACGCUGACCGCAGCAAUCACCAAGAUCCUGGCAGAGGGUGGUGGGGCCAAAUUUAAGAAGUAUGAGGAGAUCGACAACGCACCAGAGGAGCGGGCCCGGGGCAUCACCAUCAAUGCAGCCCACGUGGAAUAUAGCACAGCCUCUCGACACUAUGCUCAUACUGACUGUCCCGGGCAUGCUGACUAUGUCAAGAACAUGAUCACUGGCACAGCCCCACUGGAUGGUUGCAUCCUGGUGGUGGCAGCCAACGAUGGCCCCAUGCCCCAGACAAGGGAGCACCUGCUGCUUGCCAAACAGAUUGGUGUGGAGCACAUGGUAGUGUUUGUGAACAAGGCAGAUGCUGUCCAGGACAAUGAGAUGGUAGAACUAGUAGAGCUAGAAAUACGGGAGCUGCUCACUGAGUUUGGCUAUGAUGGGGAGAAGACACCUGUCAUAGUUGGUUCUGCCCUCUGUGCCCUUGAGCAGCGGCAGCCAGAGUUAGGGGUGAAUGCUGUAAUGAAACUGCUGGAUGCUGUGGACACUCAUAUUCCUGUGCCCGUUCGGGAUCUAGAGAAGCCCUUCCUGUUACCUGUGGAGUCUGUUUACUCCAUCCCUGGCCGUGGCACAGUUGUGACAGGCACUCUGGAGAGAGGAACUGUGAAGAAAGGAGAUGAAUGUGAAUUCCUGGGUCACAGCAAGAAUAUUCGCUCUGUGGUUACAGGAAUUGAAAUGUUUCACCAGAGUCUGGACCGAGCUGAGGCUGGAGAUAACCUUGGUGCAUUAAUUCGGGGGCUGAAGAGGGAGGAUGUUCGACGGGGUAUGGUGAUGGUCAAACCGGGCUCCAUUCAGCCCCAUCAGAAGGUUGAGGCUCAGGUUUACAUUCUCAGCAAGGAAGAAGGUGGCCGUCACAAACCAUUUGUGUCACACUUCAUGCCUGUCAUGUUCUCUCUCACAUGGGACAUGGCUUGUCGGGUCCUUCUGCCCCCAGAGAAGGAGAUGGCCAUGCCUGGGGAAGAUCUGAAGUUAAACUUAAUCUUAAGACAACCCAUGAUCUUGGAGAAAGGUCAGCGUUUUACCCUGAGGGAUGGUGGUAAAACUAUCGGUACUGGCUUGGUCACUAAUAUAGCAGCUUUGACUGAAGAGGAUAAAAACAUUAAAUGGAGCUGAGCGCAAUUCCGGCCUUCUUUCCAGAAUUGGUAACUUCACUGGCCUGAGUCAAGAACUCAAGUUUAGGAAGUUUUAAGAAAAAGGAAAAAAAAAAAGGUCCUCAGACUUUCCUGCCAGAUAUAGCACUGAUGUCUCCUAGACCUGAGAGGCUUGUAAGUUUUAAGGAAAAUAAAGUGUUGUGUGAUUGGUGGAACACAACAUGUGUAGUAACUUCCUAUUGUACAGAUUAAAAAGUUGGGUACUGGUAUUUGUACCUUCAAAUGGA